AUGCCGACUGUGUUCUCAAUUGCAGCCAUUCCGAGUAGGGGUCGAGGGAAAGACAAGCUUGGAAAUACGUUCAAGAGAGCCAAGAUGUCGCUUGUAAAACCCAGUGCCUUGGACCUGAAAAUACAGGAUAUUAAAGGUGAGCUCGCGGUGGACGGGCAUAUGUACCUGCACGUGGAGGCGGUCAAUCGCGGGUCCGCGUAUCAGAAGGUGUUAAUGAGCAUCAGUGAUGACCAGGGCCUCGUCUCGCCCCCCACCAACAAAACAGUGUACUUGUGGACAGGAGUCAGUGUCACUGUAUACUUCGAACUUAAUGGCGGCCACUAUGCGGGGGUGUCUUCGAACGUUAUGAUCAAGGCUGCCCCUGUUGAUGCCAGUGACGAUUACCAAUAUGUAAUGAGGACAUUUACAGUGCACGCGUCAGAGCAAUGA